GCAGCACAGGGUUGCACUGCAGAGGUGAACGUUUUUCCACUUAGGAAAAUGCUGAUGAACAGUCAAAACAUUUCAUCCCAAUACUUCAUUCCCAAUGCUUCAUUUUGAAUAAUCAGGGAGGAAAGACGGCAGCUGGAGCGGCAGAAACUGUUUGUCUGUCUGAGAUAUUAAGAUGAGCGCAGACACGGUGGAGCAGUCGGAGGCUCCAACCGAACAGGCAGAGCAAAACGGAAUUGACUUCAAUCGACAAAUAAAGACAGAGGAGAUUAAUGACUCGCCUCAUUCAGUGGCCACACUGAAGACAUGUCAUCUGACACAGAGCUCUCCAUUGCCUGGAGGUCAGCUGUCUGGGGAGCUCACCUCCCUCCACACCAUGCAGCAGCUGGUUCUGAUGCCACCGUCUCACCUGUCGUCUCCCUCCCCCUUCCUGCUCUCGCAGAGCCCCACCAGCCACCAAGCUCUUUUGCAACAGAAUCUGCUGUCCCUUCCCUGCCAAAGUCAAAGUAGUCUCCUUCAGCAUCAACCUGGACUGGCUCUGACUCCACAGGCUAUGAGUCGCUCUGGUCUGGCAGGACCGUCUAUGGAGAACCACAUGGACAUGUCCCACCUGCAGAUGCCCAAACACAUGCCUGUACCACCACAGGAGGAACCCAGUGACCUGGAAGAACUGGAGCAGUUUGCUAAAGCGUUCAAACAAAGACGCAUCAAACUGGGCUUCACUCAGGGAGAUGUGGGCCUUGCGAUGGGAAAACUGUACGGGAAUGAUUUCAGCCAGACCACAAUCUCUCGCUUCGAGGCUCUCAACCUCAGCUUCAAAAACAUGUGCAAGCUCAAACCUCUGCUGGAGAAAUGGCUGAGUGAUGCAGAGAACUCACCCUCUGACUCAGUGAGCAACCCCACCUCUCUGCCGCCCCUGAUCGAGGGCUACGGACGCAAACGGAAAAAGAGGACAAGCAUUGAAACCAACAUCAAGCUGACCCUGGAGAAAAGAUUCCAUGACAACCCCAAGCCCAACUCCGAGGAGAUAACCCUGAUCUCAGAGCAGCUAGCCAUGGAGAAGGAGGUGGUUCGAGUUUGGUUCUGUAAUCGGCGUCAGAAGGAGAAGCGGAUCUACUGCCCGGUGACUAGUUUAUCGGUCAAAUCACACAGCUACAACUCCAGAAUGGCCUCAGCAUCCAGAUCCUACAGCCCUCUGGCUUCAGGUGGAGUUUCAUCAAAUUCCUCUCCAAACAGUGCAAGCCGCGAAGCUUCUCCCAACAGUCUUUCCGCAGCCUCCGUCUCUUUAACGUCUCAGGUCAACCCAGCUUCCUACAGCACACCCGGGUCCUGGUACCGCACAUGGAACCCUGCUGCGUAUCAUCACUGAGAAACAUAAACUCUAUCAUAUGAAGCUUUCGAUGAAGUUUUUUAUUUUGAGGAGGAUGUACACUGAAGAUGUGUGACGGAGCGGCACGACAAUACCUGUUAUUAACAGGGUUACAACUACAGGCUAAACCUUAGACGGAAUCAUGAGACAAAGCAGCAGAGGACUGCAAACACUCACCACACUGCUGUUAGGACGGCCUCGAGCUGUUUGAUUUGCAUUCAUGUGACUCUUUACCUAGAUCAGCUGCAGAGAGGAAGAAUACACAGAAACACACACACACACACACACACACACCUGACAAGAUAUCAUAAAAGCCCUAACAGGAAUUCUCAUAUUCAAGCCUGUAUGGCUCAUAUAAUCUGUUCAAAUGUCAAACUGUUCCUUUUUUCUGCCAUCUUUACAUUAUGCUGGACUCCAAUGAUCUCAGUUUUGCUGUUAUUUUAUGUUUUUAUGUUAUUAUAGUUAGCGUUUUGUUUUGGUGAAUUUGAUUCAAUCCUCCAUUGUGUACUGCUUGUCUGUCUAAUUAAAUAUGAAGUCUAAACAAAGGGAUUUCAUAGAACUGCAUGUUCAUGACUGGUGCAAAAGGCCUUAUAUUAGUGAGCAGAAUGGCUUUUGAUUUGGUUAUUUUAGUUCUUUAAAGCAGUUUAACUGAACUGCUGAGAGAAAAUGUAGACCUCUGCAGGUCUAAAACAGCUGCUGGGGCUUCUGUUUACUUUGUCACUUUUUUUUCCCGCUAUGGCUUGUUGUUCUGCUUACUACAGACUCUCGUAAAAAAACUGCCUUUCAGACCUCAAGUCAUGGAUGGAUUACUGAACUGGCCGACUGGGCACAGGCCAAGGGGCCCCAGGGGUCAGGGGUCCUGACUGAUAAAAUGUCGCUAAAAAAAAAACCACAUAACGAUCACAAAGAGACGCUAAAUGAC